GGGGGGGGUACAGGGAUUUUUUCAAAAAAAAAAUUUUUCUCAGAAUUAUUCACAACAUAUAUAAAUCGACUCAGUUUUUAACGUUGAUUCCGAAUCUGAUAUUAGUUUUGAACCAAAUCGUAGCUUUCUAACAAAACAUCCCAUGAAAAAUGCCUCAAAAUGCAGAAAAACUGCAUGCAAAAAGCAAAUAGGCUAAAUAUGGCUCAGUUGAUAGAAAACAGUGAAUAUAUCUCUUCACUUUUCCCAGUACACAUAACACUCGGAUUUAAAUCCGAGGUUUUCGCAUUUAUUUAUUUUUGGUUUUGACCUUUCAAUAACUUUGAAGAUGAAGAAUGUUUUUUGAUACCAGUGAUUCAUUUUGCUAUAUAACUACGUAUUCUGCGUUAGAAGUAAUAUAAUAUAUGUUUUUGAAUAGAACACUAGAAUUCUUAUCAAGAAGACGCUGAAAUUAGGAUUCUAUUAAUCGUUUUCAUGUUACUUUUCAUAAUGCAAACGAGCCUAUCUAGAUUUUUUUUUCGUUUUAUUAGGCUUUUAGAUAUCGGCUAGUAUUUAUUUAACCAAUAAAAAUGUUGGAAUGAAUAAUAAUUAA